CGGCCGUGGGGCGGCCAUGUCUGCCGAGGGAGAGCGUCGCCGGCUGCCUCCGACGCUCGCCUAGUGGGCCGGGAGGCCGGCUGCGUGUGGUGACACAGCCAGUGCGCCGUGGUGGGAGGCCAGGGGUGCAGCGGCACGCGAGCCGCCGGCACCCGACCAGCGCUGGCUGAGUGGACGCUCCCCCAGAGGGACUACGAUGAGCUGCCCAGAGGACGUGUACCGGCGGAUCCCCAGCGGGGCGGCCAUUCAGCAGCGGCCGGCCGGCGAGCCGGCCCAGCAGUCGGCCGACGGCCCCAGUCCGCACUACUUUCCGGCCGCGGAGCGGCGCCGGCGCGGCCCGCCGGCCGACCCGCGGGCCGCUCCGCCGCCGCCGCCGGCCUCCCAGCCGGGGCCGGGCCGCGAGGCGCCGGCCGCCGGCUACCGGCCGCCGCCCAGGGCGCGCCCCAGCCAGCCGCCGCCGCCGCAGCCGCAGCCGCUGCUCUUCCCAAAAACCAACCCCAUGGUGACGCCCGGGGAGGCGAAGCGGUACCAGGCCAGCUCGUACGAGCUGCCCGAGAGAGCGGCACCCAAAAGGGACCCGCGCGAGGACCGACCGCGCACCUGUCCACCGGAGAGGACGGUCUCUGGCCGCGAGCAGCUGCGGGCGGUACCUCCUGCGGGCCGACCUGCUCCGCCGGACAGAAUCGGACCUCCCGACAGACUCGGCCCUCCGGAGCGUCACGGAGCGCCCGCUGCCGAACGGAGCGCCGCCGAGGUGGCCGCGAGUGCGGCCGGCGCCGGCGUCGAUCCGCGGCCGCCCGGCUACCCGACGCAGCUGGGGCCGCGGCUCUCCGACGACCGCCUGCUGAGCGGAUCGCCGCGCGAGCUGCUGGCACGCUACCGACACGCUGAGGCCGAGAUCGCGCGUCUGAUGAUGGAGCAUGGACAGCAGCUGCGUGAACUGAACCGGCAGCUUCAGGCACAGGCGGCCGAGCAGCGCGCCGUCCAGGAGGUGCACCGGCGUCUGCAGGAUGAAAGCCAAGAGCUGCGCGACCUCUGCUGCUUCCUGGACGACGACCGCCAGAAGGGACGCAAGCUGGCGCGCGAGUGGCAGCGCUUCGGCCGCUACACGGCAAGCGUGAUGCGCCAGGAGGUGUCGGCCUACCAGACCAAACUGCGCCAGCUGGACGCCAAACAGCAGGAGCUAGUCAAGGACAACCUGGAGCUCAAGGAGCUGUGUCUGUACCUGGACGAGGAGCGCCAGGGACCGGGCUCGCUGUGCAGUAACUGCGGCGCCGCGCUGAACCAGCCGCGCGACGACGGCGACGGCAGCAGCAGCAGCACGGCGGCCGACGAGCCGGCGGCGCACUCUCCGCCGCCGCCGGCCGCCGACACCGAGCGGCCGCGCCGCUCCGAGAGCCGCGAGCGCCUGCUCGAGGAGAGCAUCCAACGACAGAGGAACCUGCUCAAUGAGCACAUUCUACAGUAUAUCCGCGGCUUGGAGCGGCGGCUGGACGGUGCCGAGGAGGCUGGCGGCGGCCGCGUCAGCCGGCCGGACGCCGUCGUACAGGCAAUGCGCCUGCUGGAGGUGCAGGAGCACCUGGAGUGGGAGUCGGCCGCGCUCGGGCGACCCGCACCGCCAGAGGCGGGCCAGGCGGCGCCGCCGCUGGAGGGCGCCGAGGCGGCGCUCCUCCGGCAGAUGUGUAACGUGAGUGGGCACCGGGAAGUGGCAGCUGCUCUCUGUACCUACCAACUCUCCACACCAACCUGCAGCAACGUAUUCGCAGCAUCUGACACAUGUUUCAUGGCUACUUUUGGGCUAAAAACACGAUAAUUACAUUUAUUUUAUUAUACGAGUACGUGCUUUUUUUUAUUCAGGACUCCCUCCAACGGGCUCAUAUUCCCAUUUACAGGAGGGCUUCUCCUCCUCCCGGCCAUCUUUCCCCAAUCCCCAGGCUACGGCUGAAGUGGGAGCCUACCCCACACCUGGUGACACAGCCGGGGACGCCCGCGGAACGGGCGUCGAAGAAGAUCGAUUUAAGAAAUACAUGUAUCAUGGUCGUUAGCAGUGGCGUAGCCAGAAAUUAGCAAAAGUGGGGCCAUGAUCAUCGAAAGGGCGACUUUUUCUCUUGAGAGGGGCGUCAUUAUCAGCAAGUCACAGGGAGGUCAGUCUAAACUGUGACGUCCCGUUCAUUGUUCGUGCACGAUUUACUAGGUGUUCCAAAAAACCUUUCGCUUAUUUUUCAUAAAGUACAAUCAAUGCAAUUUACACCCCACA